AAUAUGACAUUGAAAAUUGCAAUUUUGUUUUUCCAUUAAAACAGAAUCUAGCGUUGUUUCGAAAUCGGAUCAAUCAAUCGAUCUUAGGAUGGGUUGGGGAAGAGGAAUCUUGGAAGGUUUCGUAGUGUUAGGAAGUCUGUUUUCACUUGGUUGGGCAGGUUUAUGGUUUUUGAAUCGUCGUCUCUACAAAGAAUAUGAAGAGAAACGCGUUCUUGUUCAAAUCAUUUUCAGUAUUGUCUUUGCUUUCUCUUGCAAUCUUCUUCAGCUUGUUAUCUUCGAAAUCAUUCCCAUCCUCUCUAAAGAGUCAAGAGUUUUGAACUGGAAGAUUGAUCUAUUCUGUUUGAUACUGUUGUUGGUGUUUCUAUUGCCUUAUUAUCAUUGUUACUUGAUGCUUAAAAGUAGUGGUUUGAGAACUGAAAGAGCUGCACUUGGUGCUGUUUUGUUCUUGUUUGCUUUUCUUUAUGCCUUUUGGAGAAUGGGUAUUCACUUUCCAAUGCCAUCACCUGAUAAAGGUUUCUUUACUAUGCCUCAAUUGGUCAGUAGAAUUGGUGUCAUUGGUGUUACUGUCAUGUCUGUUUUAUCUGGUUUUGGUGCUGUUAACUUGCCAUACAGUUAUUUAUCACUCUUCAUCAGAGAGAUUGAGGAAACUGAGAUCAAGGCCUUGGAAAGACAACUUAUGCAGUCAAUUGAGACUGGUAUAUCAAACAAAAAGAAAAUUAUUCUCUGUCAAUUGGAGAUGGAGAACAAGCAAGGAUCUGAAGAGAGGUUAACUGCCAGAUCUUUUAUCAAACGUAUUGUUGGUACGGUUGUUCGAUCCGUUCAAGAGGACCUUAAGGAGCAAGAUAUCAAAGGCAUGGAAGCAGAGGUACUGGCUUUAGAAGAGCUUUCAAAGCAAUUGUUCUUGGAGAUCUAUGAGCUUCGACAAGCAAAGGAAGCUGCUGCAUAUUCUCGAACUUGGAAAGGACAUAUGCAGAAUCUACUAGGUUAUGCUUGUUCCGUUUAUUGUGUGUAUAAAAUGAUCAAGUCAUUGCAAAGUGUUGUUUUCAAACAGGCUGGUUCAGUUGAUCCCGUGACAAGGAUGAUAAGUAUAUUCCUACAGUUUUUUGAUAUAGGAAUAAAUGCAGCCUUAUUAUCUCAGUAUAUUUCCUUGCUAUUCAUCGGAAUGUUGGUUGUGAUAUCAGUGCGUGGAUUCUUAACAAAUUUAAUGAAGUUCUUUUUUGCUGUUUCAAGAGUUGGAAGUGGAUCAUCCAGCAACGUUGUUCUGUUUUUGUCCGAGAUAAUGGGAACAUAUUUUGUAUCUUCUAUUCUUUUAAUCAGGAAAAGCUUAGCAACUGAAUACAGGAUUAUCAUUACAGAGGUAUUGGGCGGUGAUAUCCAAUUUGACUUUUAUCACCGGUGGUUUGAUGCAAUAUUUGUGGCUAGUGCAUUCCUUUCCCUACUUUUACUAUCUGCGCAUUAUACAUCUCGCCAAAUUGAUAAACAUCCAAUUGAUUGAAGCAUAUACUUCCUAUAUACAUGUAUAGUUUCUACUGUAACGAAAGUGAAUUGCUGAAGAGAUCAUCAAUGGGAAGUUGAUAUUGUUUCUAAUAUUAUCAACAUAUGCACAUACUGCCAAGUCUAUUGGAAUAUCCAUGUUUAGGACUGUUCAAAAUAACUGCUGAACCGAACCAAACUGAAAUCAACCGUACCUACUUUUAAAGUUCACAAACCCUUUACAACGAGGACCAAAUUUGCUGCCAGGAAAUAUUUGCAGGACCAUUGUUUGAAGAAACAUUUUAGAGAAGGUAAAAUGAAAAAAAGUAUUAACAGGGACCAAAAAUUCUUUAACCCUUUUGUAAAUUGAUAUUAUGCAUAAAGGAAAUUAUUAAUGUCUAUUACUUUGCAAGUGAGAUACAUCUGUAUAAUUUUUUUAACCUAGUUUUAUUUACGGGUCUAAGUUGUGUUGUGUCGGCCAUUCAAAAAAAGUUGUGUUGUGUCGUAUAUUUCUAAAAUUGUGUAUCCAUGCAUCCGUAUUAUAUUGCAUUGUAUCUUCAGACUUCACAUGUUUACAUAAAGCAAACAUUAUGUAACAUCCUUCAAUUA